AUGGCGUUGCUCUGGGUGAUCUUAUGUCCCAGUACCCCAGGGUCAUGGGCAUGGUGCCUGUUGGUGCGGAUUCUGCAGACAGGCCACAACCGGGGUACAGACUAUAAGAGCUCCAGAGAGGGGAAAGGAGGGACCUUGCUGCGAUCCCGCCCCUUGGCCCGCCAAGCCUCCAAAACGCGGCAGUCUGUGGCCCCGGAGCGCGUUUCUGGGGCUGGAAUAAGUAAGACCCCCGCCCGCCUCCCAGCCCCGAGGGUUCCCGCAGCGAGGUCAGGGCGCCCAGAAGCCGAAAGCAGGAAUCACCCUCGCCAGCUUCCCCAACCCACCCUGAGGCUCCACGAGUCCAUCCAGCCCUUGCUAGGUCUACAGCGACUUGGCUCUGCGCUUGAAACAACAGCCAGAUCCUUAAGGAGCAAAAAGCUCUUCUCCCUUCUCCUCCCUGCCCGCGGAGUCCCUCAGCCUUCUCUCCGCUGCCCAGUUCCCGCGGGCUCUGGGAGACUCGGGCUGCAGGGCCCCGCCUACACAGGAACGGUGUCAGUGAGCAACGCCAUCCUGCGCUACAUUGCCCGCAAGCACAACCUGUGUGGGGAGACAGAAGAGGAGAAGAUUCUUGUGGACAUUUUGGAGAACCAGCUUAUGGACAGCCGCAUGGAGAUGGUCAGACUCUGCUUUGACCCAAAUUUUGAGAAACUGAAGCCAAAAUACUUGGAGGAACUCCCUGAAAAGCUAAAGCUCUACUCACAGUUUCUGGGGAAGCGGCCAUGGUUUACAGGAGACAAGAUCACCUUUGUGGAUUUCCUCGCCUAUGAUGUCCUUGACAUGAGGCGUAUAGUGGAGCCCGGCUGCCUGGACGCCUUCCCAAACCUGAAGGACUUCAUCUCCCGCUUUGAGGUGAUGCCCCCAUCCUCCUUUCUCUUUGAUGCCCCUUGUUCCUUCCCCUCCUUUGAGAUGCUUUCCCAGUCCUGGAGCUACACAAAGAAUAACUUGCAUUUAUUGAGUGCUGGCUUUAUGCCAGGAACUGUGCCCAGCACACUGUACCUAUUGUGUGGAAUUUGAACUUUACAACAUUCCUACAGGGUGACAGAAUUAUCUUGCCUGUUUUAGAGACAAGGAAACUGAGAAUGAGAGGGUCAGGCCUUUGCUCCAGGCCUCAGAGCCAGUGGAGACUGUGCUGGGCUCCCUGUGAGCCUCUGGAUCUAUGGGUGGCAGUCAGGGCUGUCCCUUUUGUGACAAACGAAAAACUCCUCAGGCCUCAUCCAGCCUGGGUUUCACCGCCCAGGACGCUUUGGAAGAGGCAGAGCACUUCAGGAGUGCGGAUGCAGCUGGCAAUAGUAGGACUGACACACGGUGGCAUUGAUGUCGAGUACGAAACCCACAGGCAGUAUUCGUAGCUACCCCCAGAAGCUUUGCAUGGUCGGACCCCCAUGUGAGAA